UCAUUUCGACCGCGUUGGAGCAGAAGUGUGACGUGACCCAGCAACAGUUGCGCUCAAACUGCUGGACAAACCUCACUUUCAGCUGGACACAGAGAAGAAAGAGGAGAAGAAGACAGAAGAAAGAGUGAUUCUGACUCUGCUGAUGUGAGCUGGAGUUCGAGCAGGUUGAUAUUUAACGGAGGUUGAUCUGAAAGCUGCUGUGCUAAAGCGCUAGCUCUUAGUUUAACUCCUCGAAUAAGUUUGACUUUUACACCUUUUCUUGUUUUUUUGAGCCGCUUUUAACAUGGGUUUGACCAUUUCAAGCGUCUUUUCUCGCUUGUUUGGGAAAAAGCAGAUGAGAAUUCUCAUGGUUGGUCUGGAUGCAGCAGGGAAAACCACAAUCCUCUACAAACUCAAACUGGGAGAAAUAGUCACAACAAUACCAACUAUAGGUUUUAAUGUCGAGACGGUGGAAUACAAGAACAUUUGCUUCACCGUGUGGGAUGUGGGUGGUCAGGAUAAGAUCAGGCCUCUUUGGAGACACUACUUCCAGAAUACCCAGGGUCUGAUCUUUGUCGUGGACAGUAACGAUCGUGAGCGAGCACAGGAAGCAGCAGAAGAGCUUCAGAAGAUGCUUCAGGAGGAUGAACUGAGAGACGCCAUUCUACUGGUUUUUGCAAAUAAACAAGAUCUACCAAACGCCAUGGCCAUCAGCGAGAUGACAGACAAACUCGGCCUGCAAGCACUCAGGAGCAGAACUUGGUAUGUCCAGGCGACCUGUGCGACUCAAGGGACGGGUUUAUACGAGGGAUUAGACUGGCUUUCCGAGCAGCUCUCCAAACGCUAAACUGCACUUCCUGUCCAAGCAGGAUGUGUGCUGUUCCAAAGGACAUGAUUAGCGGAGUUGAUGCGGCACAGAAGCUGUUCAUGUAUCAUUUUCAGUUGAUCGCUACCAAAAAUCUGCUUGCUGCUGAUGUCAAUCUUCAGCAGUGCAUUUUAACAUUUUGUUCCUUUUUUAGUUCAUUGCACCUUUGACCUCGACUGACAUUUCUCCCAGAUUCAUUCCACUUGAUGUGUGUAGCCUUAUAGUCUUCUGUAGAUCUGACCACAGUAUGAAAAAUACUAGAUUUGUUAAGAAGCUCUUGCAGUACUUCUGGGUUCUUGUUACAGUAAGCAUAAACAUCAAGCAUUGUGUUAAUAACGAUAACUUUUGUGUAUUUAUAAAAAUGCUCUAUUUUUGCUCCCUCAACUUGAUUUAUUCCAUUAUUUUCAUUCCGAACGGCUCAUUCCCAGGCGUUUGCAUGCCAUACAUCCAAGGAAAUGUUCUCAGAGAAGCAUGCAUUUAAUAAAUAAAAGAUUAUUCUUAUAGUAGCACACUUAAGAGACUGGCAAUGCAUUGAUGUAAGCAUUAGUUUUAAUGCUUCUAAAAUGCAUGAGUUUAUAUUGGGAACUAGUCAGAUGUUUGUGUUGUAAAUAAGCAGCCUUUUUAUGUACGUAAUCACAGUUGCCUUAAACGUGCUGUGCUUUACUAUGUGAAUGCACUCGCCCGAUACGCUUUUGAUUUAACAUUUAAGUUGAGAACAAAUCAGUGCAAAUGUUAAAAGACAUAAUCAACUGUUUUUUUCCCCAGCUUUUGAAAAUAUUCAAAUGGACUGGUGCAAGGAGUCGUCUAGCUGUUCCCUUUUUAAAAAAAUGUAUUAAAACAUUAUGAAUAAAGAGUGAAG